AUGCCAGAAUUUCGCUCAGCCGUCUCGUGUCCACCGAUUCCCGAUGACUUGACUGCCGCGCAAUUUAUACUCGAUUCAAAUCAUCCUAACCGACCGAUUCGUCGAGGAAAUGUACCAUGGCUCAUCGAAGAUAGUACUGGGAGAAAGGUUGAAUUCGAGGAGAUACGUCUGCGGACACAUGCGUUAGCAAAUGCUUUGCAUCUUCGAUAUGGUGUUGGUGAAAAUGAUGUCGUUUGUAUAUUCUCACCAAAUCACGUCGAUUAUCCUGUCGCUAUAUGGGCUGCGCAUAGGCUCGGCGCGAUAGUCUCAUGCGCCAAUCCAUCUUAUACUGCCGACGAGCUGCUGCAUCAACUCGUAGCUGCUAAGGCAUUUGUGAUGGUGGCACAUCCAGAUUGUCUUCCUACAGCCCUUGCUGCAGCACGGCAAGCUGGACUGGCGGCGGAUCAUAUCUUUCUCAUGGAUGAGCUCAGGGCGAAGGUCCCGAUUCCUUUCCCAACAAUAUCGGAUCUAGUGAAGGAAGGAUUGUCAAAACCGACAUGCUUCGUAGAGCGAAGACUUGCACCAGGAGAAGGAAAAACGAAACUAGCAUUCCUCAGUUUUUCCAGUGGAACGACAGGGAAACCGAAGGCCGUCGCUAUCCCUCAUUACGCCGUGAUUUCUCAAGUUAUACAGGGGGCGGUGCAUCACAAAGUGAAUGAGGAUUACACUACUUGGGAGAAACGUCGUUUCAGACCAGGGGACAUCGCAGUGGGAGUUCUACCGUUCUUCCAUAUCUAUGGUCUGGUCGUUAAUUUACACUUCCUGCUCUUCUCCGGAAUUACUGUUGUUGUGAUCCCGAAGUUCAACUUCGUGGAUUUCCUGAAGAGCAUCGAUAAGUAUAGAAUUCAACACUUGCUUGUCGUUCCCCCUCAAAUCGUCCUGCUCUGCAAGCAUCCGGCCGUCAAGAAAUAUGACCUCUCGCAUGUUCGAUCUUGCAUGAGUGGAGCGGCUCCUUUGUCCAGAGAACUGACUGAGCAGCUAAUCAAAGUCUUGCCAAACGCUCAAAUUGGUCAAGGAUACGGUAUGACCGAGACGGCUAUUUCGGCGUUUCCGAUUACGCAAUGGAUUGGUACUCCAGGAAGUGUGGGCCAACUGAUUCCGGGUUGUACGGCGCGAGUUGUGAAGGCGGAUGGUACGCUAGCGGACUACGAAGAGGAGGGUGAAUUGCACGUUUCCGGGCCACAGAUAGCACUUGGAUAUACGAACGAUGAGAAAGCCUCGCGUGAGACGUUCGUGGAUGGCUGGCUCAGAACUGGCGAUGUGGUGAAGUUUGCGAAGGAUGGGGACAUCUUCAUCGUUGGCAGGGUGAAGGAAAUUCUCAAAGUCCGUGGCUUCCAAGUAGCUCCAGCAGAGUUAGAAGGCCAUCUACUGGACCACCCCGACGUAUCCGACGUGUGCGUCGUUGGUAUUCCGGAUGACUAUAGUGGUGAAGUUCCCUUGGCCUUCGUCAUGCUCGAUGCCAGAGCUGCCCAGCGCGCGAGGAGAAGCAAUGCAGAGGCCGAAAAGAUUAAAAAGUCUAUCAUGAAACACGUCUCUGAUUCCAAAGUGCCUUACAAAUGGCUGAAGGGUGGUGUCGAGUUCAUAGAUGUCAUCCCAAAGAAUCCCAGUGGGAAACUGCUUAGACGACAGAUGGAAGACAAGGCGAAGGAGAUCGCCGCUAAGCGUGGCACGAAGGCAAGGCUCUGAUACAUUUGGAUGAUUUAAAUGGAUAUCGCUUCGGUAGUACUGCACAUCUAAGAGCAUCUGUUUCCUUGCGGACUUAUUCUCCGACAGCUGUUCUUGUUUAUGUACUUGCACUUACUCUCCUUUCUUACCCUUUCGUUGAUUUGUCUUGCAUGCCCUUUGUUUUCG